AUGGCUGCCCCGCGCACCGCCGCUCCCCGGCCGCUCUCAGCCGUCCUGCCGCCGCUGGUCCUCGGCACGGCCACCUUCAACUACCAAUACGUCUCGGACCCCGACCGCAUGCCCGCGGUCGACAUCGUCUCCCGCGCCCUCGAGCUCGGCGUCAACGCCUUCGACACCUCCCCCUACUACGGCCCCUCUGAGUCCAUCCUCGGCUCCGCCUUGCGCGCCCUCGCCCCGCCCCGCGAGUCCUACUUCCUCGUCACAAAGGCCGGCCGCAUCGCGCCGACCGAGUUCGACUACUCCCCGACCUGGAUCCGCGCCUCCGUCCGCCGCAGCCUCGAGCGCCUCAACACCUCCUACCUCGACCUUGUCUACACCCACGACGCCGAGUUCGUCUCCCCCGAUGAAGUCGUCGCCGCCGUCCGCGAGCUGCGCCGCCUCCGCGACGAGGAGGGGCUCGUCCGCUACGUCGGCAUCUGCGGCUACCCCGUGCCCGUCCUCUGCGAGCUCGCCGAGAAGAUCCUCCGCGAAACGGGCGAGCCAGUUGAUGCCGUCCAGUCUUUUUCGCACUUUUGCGUACAAAACAAUACCCUCGGCAGCGACGCCGUCCUGUCGCGACUGCGGGGCGCUGGCGUCGGCGUUGUCACCAACGCCAGCAUGCUGAGCAUGGGCCUCCUGACGACCCGCGGCGUCGACGACGGGCCCAUGGCGAGCUGGCACCCGGCCCCGAGCCCCCUGCGCAAGCUGUGCAAGAGCCUCGUCAGCAUCGCCGAGGGCGCCGGUGAGAAGAUGGAGGAGGUCGCGCUCUACUGGGCCAUGGCGAACUGGGCGCGCGUCGGCGGCGCCUUUGGCAGCGAGGUGCUGUCGCCCGCUUACAGCGGCCCCGCCAAGGUCGGCGUAAGCGUCAUGGGCGUCACGGCCGUCCCCGAACUCGAGGAGACGGUCGCCGCCUGGCAGAGCAUGCUGCGCGAGCUCGCGGCCGAGGGCAACAACAGCAAGACGCAGGCCGACGCCUCCAUCGUCAGUCGACACAACAAGAUCCAGCGCCUCGUGACGGAACAGAUGUGGCCGGCUUUGGGGCAGUGGCGCAACUACAGCUGGGCCAGUCCUGGCGAGGAUUUCGUAAACCAGCGUGCGCAGACCUCUGCCGCCGCCGCUGAUGCUGCUCCGGCCAACCUUGCUGCCGAGCCCCAUUUGUAG